GACGACAUAAAGUACCCCUGUGGGCUCUGCGCCGGUGAUUGGUUAGGGGUAUGGCGUAUUGCUAAUUGUCAUAUCCCCCCACUAAGGGUGUGUGAAGCAACCAGGCUUGCUCUCUCUUUCCCCGACCACGUUGCCGAUCAACAAGAAACCAUGGCAGAGGAAUUGGCUGAUACUGAAUUCCACUCUGGUGAGUCUGGUGCCUCAGACACCUACCCAGCCCAGUGCUCCUCUCUGCGUAAAAAUGGUCAUGUUGUGAUCAAAGGGAGACCAUGUAAAAUAGUUGAGAUGUCAACCUCAAAAACUGGAAAACACGGACAUGCCAAGGUUCAUUUAGUAGCACUUGACAUUUUUACCAACAAGAAAUAUGAAGAUAUCUGCCCCUCGACCCAUAACAUGAAUGUUCCCCAUGUCAGCCGUGCAGAUUUUCAGGUGACUAAUAUAGAAGAAGAUGGUUACCUGGAAUUGAUGGAUGAUAAUGGUGACACACGUGCCGACAUCAAACUACAAGACAAUGACAUUGCCAAGGAAAUCAGAGCAAAGUUUGAGGCAUCUGAGAAUUUCAUGGUAACUGUGUUGAAGGCUAUGGGAGAAGAAACAGUGGUUGGAGUAAAGGUUAUGUCAGACACCAAAUGACACUGCCAUGUACUAGCUGUAAAUCUGAAAGGAGUGCUCAGUUUAAUUCCAGAGUUUUUGCAUUGGAUGGUGGGACAGCAGUUGCAGAAAAACUUACGAGUAGGUUGUUGUGUCAUCCCUGUAAUUCUAUUGGAAAGACACCUCAAUAAAAUAUUCAUCUGUUA